AUGUCUGACUCUUCGACGGAGAUGCCUGUGUAUGGCCCACGACCCUUCCCUCUUAGCGAAAAUGAUCGUCGAGGGGUCGUCCUGACAAUAGGCGUCUUGUAUAUCAUCUAUGCCUGCAUGGUAUUGGUGAUGCGUCUAGCCAGCAAAUACAGGAACAUAGGCCUUGAUGACUGGCUAUCUGUUGCGGCAACUGCUCUCGCAAUACCGCAGUUCGGAGCCGUGAUUGCCGCAACAGUCAAUGGGAGCUUCGGCUCUUCCUACAAUCUUCUUUCGUCAAGUGAUACUGAAACGGUUGCUCGAUGCAUCCGCGCCAGCGACGUACUCUUCCUCCUGGCGAUAUUCGUCGCCAAAUGCUCGGUCGUUUGGCUGACCCGACGCCUGUUCGCCGCCUCACAGCAUCAAAAGCGUGGUCUGUGUGAGAUAACCAUCGGUCUGUGUGCUGCAUGGUGCCUAGGCUCUAUCCUAGCCGUCACGAUCGGAUGCAACGCUGAGAGCGCCAUUCAUUCAGAUACAGAAGGGAGAUGCUCAGGUCUUGACAAUCGCUGGACCAUCGUAGGAGUGCUCGAUGCAUUGCUCGAAAUCCUCAUCUGGAUACUCUCUUUGGUCGUGCUUGUUCCUCUCCAGAUGAGUUGGAAGAAAAAGUUGCAGGCAUCUGCAAGCUUUAUUCUGAGAUUACCCAUCAUUGUCUUCAUCGGGCUCAACAUUAAGUAUGUGUCAGACUUGAAUUCAGCGUCCGAUGCCGGGGUCGCCCUCAUAUCGCCUGUUCUUUUCCGCCAAACCGAACUUCUCUACGCUCUUUUCUCUGCCGCCAUACCGGCGUUGAAUCAGUAUCUACGCAGAUUCGACACAAGAAACGCCACUCAAUUUGGGUAUCGACCCGACCAAUACGGGUCAAGCGGGCACAACUAUGAAAUGAGCAAUUUGUCCAACCACAGAACGGCCACAGGAGGUGGGAACAAAACUGCGAACAAUGGCAUUGGCAAUGGCAACGGCUCAAUGGCAAAGAGUUCCGGUGCCGACUUCAGGCCUGCUGGAUAUGCUCAGUACCAUGCGAGGAUCGAUGGACCGAACCUUGGCAAGAGCAAUGAUGGGGUCUUCAGUGCCUUACAGGAGGACGGGUCGGUAGGAAGACACGGUAGCGAGGAGCACAUCAUUCGCAAAGAGAUGGUGUAUGAUGUCCGAUGUGAAUAG